AUGGCUUUACCUAAGUUCCCUACUCCUGUGUUAAAGGUAUACUGGCCUUUUGCUGCUGGUGCCGCUGUUUCCUAUUUCUUGGUUUGGAAGGGUGGUAACGCUUUGCAAGAUACUGAUGAAUACAUCAACGAUCCAAGACAUCCAAGAUUUCAAAAGGGUGGUAAGUUCAUUGAUUUGGCCAACAAGGAUUAA